AUGGCGCGCCUAAAACAAGCCAAACAGGCGCCUCGAGACAAUGCCACAGACACGUCAAUGGGUUUCACGCCGGAGAGGUUUGAGCGGGAGCUGAAGGAUCUGGCGUCCAAGGCCAAGAAUGACACGUGGAGCAAUCGCGUGCUUGGCCAGGUGGUGCUCUAUGUCAAGACGCUGGUGCUGCUGACAUUGUUGGGCGUGUACUCGAACGCAUCGCAGCUUGCACUGUCGCCCGUCUAUGGCUCGGUACCGGCGGCGACAUGGCAUUCCAAGGUGUUGAUGGCCGGCUGCUUCAUUGGCUGGGCGGGCAACCUGGCGUUUCGUCAGUUGCUUCCCAUGAAGACGGAGCAGCUUCUCCCCUUGGUGGCGCUUUAUGUGCCUGUCAUGCAGUUCUUCUUGUAUCAGUUCAGUCAGACUUUGGGGCCCGACUAUGGUCCUCUCGUGACUGAAGGGAUCACUCUGGUUCCACUGGCAAUCCUAACGGCUGCUUCUGUUGCGGACAAUCUGGAGGGUGUGGAUCUGAGCUCGAUGCCCAAGGUCCUGGGAGACGCUGUUCCUGGCGUUGGAUCUUGGGGAACGUUCAAGCUGGUAGAGCAUAUAGCUGAGAAGCUCUUGCAAAAGCAUGUUGGGACAGUGUUUUGGUACACGCGGAUGGGCAUGGAGAUUCUCCUGGCUGGGUCGUAUACGGUGUUUGCGCCCUCCAAGUAUCUAGCCCUUGCAAUCCCGGCAUUGGUACAUACGGCCAUGUUCAACCCCCAUGUGUCUACACCAACAGCAACGGCGCUGUUGAACACCACCCUGAUGGCCGAUGACUGGAUGAUUCUAGACCGGAGGGAGUCUAUUACAGGAUACAUAUCGGUAGUCGAGCAGACGAAGAGCAAGAUGCGAGUUUUACGAGUUGACCAUAGCCUGCUGGGAGGCGACUGGGUGGAAUGGCGUGGCAAUCAAGUAACCGAGCCUGUCUACGCUGUCUUUGUUACGCUAGAAGCAGUGCGUCUAGUUGAGAGAGAGGUGCCAGUUGCGGAUGCCGAUGCUAAGGCACUGGUUAUUGGUCUCGGUAUUGGUACAGCGCCAUCUGCACUCGUGUCUCAUGGGAUUGAGACUACCUUUGUGGAGAUUGACCCUGUAGUUUACGAAUUUGCUCAAAAGUAUUUCCAGCUCAGGGAGAACCACCCACCGGUUAUCGAAGAUGCUAUCAAGUAUACCAACAGAGCCGCCAACGAAACCAAGGAAAUAUAUGACUACAUUAUUCAUGAUGUUUUUACGGGAGGUGUAGAGCCUAUCGAUUUGUUCACCUUUGAAUUCUUCCAGAACCUUUACACUCUGCUAAAGCCUGAUGGAGUCAUUGCUAUUAACUAUGCGGGCGAUCUGAUGCUGCCAAAUCCCAAAUCUAUCGUGCGGACUAUCCUGCAAAACUUUCCAACAUGUCGCCUAUUUCGGGAGAAUCCACCCGACGACAAAGCUAUUGCCCAGAUGGGUUCGGAUUUCACCAAUAUGAUAAUCUUCUGUCGCAAAGCCAAUGGAGAACUGACGUUUCGUGACCCGGUGCAAGCGGACUACUUGAACAGUCCUUCUAGACACAACUUCUUGAAGCCCCAGAACGAGGUUUUGCCCGGAGAUAUAUUCUCUUAUGGCAAAGGUGGUGAAGAGGGUUUCCUGUUUAGAAAUGGUACAGAUAAGGUCAAAGAAGGUCAGCAUCCUAACGCAGCUGGACACUGGGCCGUCAUGAGGAAUACACUUCCGGCUACCUUUUGGGAAAGGUGGUAG